AUGAUAGUAGUAGUAGGAGUGGUACUAGGAGUAGGAGUUGGACUCGGCUGUGGUGGCAUGAUAGUAGUAGUAGUAGGAGUGGAGUUCUGGCGCAUUCUGCUGGAAUGGAGCGCUGAACAAGGGGAACUUGAUGCUAAGAGCGGAGGUGUCUACUGUAGGAGGUAG